UCUCUCCCUCUCUUGUGGCUGUACUAUAUAAAAUUCUUCACCAGCCUUCGUAUCUUUGCUGCGGCUGCUUCUCCAUCGCAGGAACCCCGGGAGGUCGAUCCGAGACAAGAAGAUGGCUGCUCCACAAGCUAAGAGCGGAUUGUUCGUUGGGUUAAACAAGGGACAUGUCGUCACCAGACGAGAGUUGGCUCCUCGUCCCUCUUCUCGAAAAGGGAAAACGAGCAAGAGAACCCUUUUUAUCCGAUCUCUGAUCAGAGAGGUUGCCGGGUUUGCUCCAUAUGAGAAGAGAAUCACCGAGCUGUUGAAGGUUGGUAAAGACAAGCGUGCUCUUAAGGUUGCCAAGAGAAAGUUGGGUACCCACAAAAGAGCCAAGAGGAAGAGAGAGGAGAUGUCCAACGUCCUCCGCAAGAUGAGGGCCGGCGGUGUAUCGGAGAAGAAGAAGUAAAACGAGUCGGUUGCUAUUUUCAGAGAUUGUCAUUUGGAACAUUCUGUCGUUUUGUUGUCUAUGUUUAACUUCAAGCAUCUGACUUCACUUAGUUCUGUUUUUGUCCGAGACAAGUCUCUCUAUUCAGUUUUUACUCUCUUUUAUUAUAUCUUCGCUCAAGUUUUCCA